AGCUAACACGUGUUUUGGAAAAGUGUUAAGGACACCAGGCAGUUGUUACCAAGAAAAGAAAUUGUCUUCACAGCAUAACUAUAGGGAGCGUGUCAUCUGACUUCCAGUUCGUGCAAAGAAAAUUAGCGGAAAGGCGUGUCUUGGAAGACGAUGGUCUAUUCGCAUUGAUUUUUUUACGUUGAGAAGAUUGUUUAUUUGUAUGUUGGAAAAAUGGAACAAUCUCCUUUACCAUCAAAGCUAAGCUUUGUCGAGGAUAAAAUUAGACCUCCGCCGUUAGCAGCAGUGCAACCAUCCUUGCUCAUUAGCCCAGUAUCUGUUAAACCUGGAGGAGUGCCACAGACCCAACACAUUCCCGUUAGACCUUCAGUUACGCCAAGACAACUAUUUAUAGGUAAAUCUCCUCAGUAUCCCACGAUUUCUCCAGUUUCCUACCAACCUGGAGCGAAGCAAAUAAUGAAUCAAAAUGGAGCUGGACAACGACCACCAAUCCCUUCAAUGUCACCGCCGAACAUGCGCCCAAUGGCACCACCGAUGAACCGUCAAGGUGCACCUUUAGGUGCACGACCAACUGGGCCAAUGGGAUCACCAGUACCCGGCACUCAAUUCCCAAGUUCCCCUAAUGUUAGACCCCAAAUGCAGACCUCCCAACCAAUCCAACCUGGUAUGCACAGACCACCGAUGAUGCAGAGUAAUAUGCGCCAGGCGACACCUCAACAGGUUAGACUUCCGGGAAUGAUACCUCAGAACAUGAGACCGCCUAUUUCGCCUCAAAACUCUGCCACCGGUGGUAACCAAUUCAUUAGAUCUGGGGUACAACCCGUUCGACAUCCUGGUGCUCCCCCUCCUCAAAUGGCAAAUAUGAAUACCCAACAAAUACGACCAUCCCCAAUUCCUCAGCAAGUUAUCAAUAACAGACCUCCUUCGAUGCCGUUCAAAUCAGCAAUACAAAAUAACAAUUUUGGAGAUCCACACGGUUUAGAGCGAAGCUCACCUGAAAGUAUGAGUCGAAUUCAAUCGGAUAUUGUUUUGGGAAAAGCCGAAAGUCCUAGAAGCAGUUACUUAUCAACUGACGACGAUGACGACGUUGUUAUUGGAAAAAUCACUCCAUUACCCUCGUCAAGAUCGCCAGAAGGACAGACCAGUCCAACAGUAAAAAAUCCCACUUCAAUUCCAUUGCACAGAACUGAUAGUCAGGCAUCCAUACCAUCAAGACCACCUUCAGCAUUAGGCAACCUAAAUAGGACGCCCGAUGUGAUUCUUAGAAACCCGCAUCCCCCUACACAAGUGUUACAAUCAAAUGAAAUAGUUUAUAAGGAAAAGCACGCAAUCUCUCCAGACAAACCGCUGGACGGUUUUAGUCCCAUCGUGAGAGGAAAAACUCCAUCGCCCGAACAGAUGAAGUCAGAUCAUAUUGACUAUCUGCAGUCAAUCAAUCGCUCGCCGAUCACUAAUUUGGCACGGACGACCUCGCCUUCUGAAGCGCUUGCUUCGACGGAGAAAACAAAGCAGUCAAUUCAGAGCACACCUAGCAUCGAACGAGUUACCUUUGUUUUACCAGAAGAAACAAACGACAGUAAGAACUCAGAACCUAUGAGGAAAACGCCAAUACCGCCGAGUGUUUUUAAAAAGACAGUCACCGAAACGCGUGGUCGAAGUCCUCUUAAGAAUCAUCUUUCUACUGACCGGAAACACUCACCCGGUGAUAAUAAAGGCGACAAUGACAGUGGAGUGGACGAAUCGACACAAGAAAAGGAGCGGAAUGGUCCAGGCUCUCCUGCUUCACCAUUAAAGUCACCCAGCAAGAUUCCAUCAUUGCGACGGCCGGAUAGUAUAACUCCCCAGACACGUUCCAGAAGCACCUCAAAGCAACGAUUAACAGCGAAGACUCCAGAAACCCCAACCGAGCCCCUCAUUAAAAAAGUACCAAUGAACAAAAUUCAGGUUGGUGCAACUCCGUCGCCAAAUUUAAAGGUGGUCAAAUCCAAGAUCGGAUCGCUGCAAAACGCGACGCACAAACCAGGUGGCGGACACGUGAAAAUAGAAACGAAAAAAAUAGACAUCAAAGCUGCGCCGAGAAUUGAAGCGAAAAAUGACGCUUACGUUCCGAAGGGCGGCGACAAGAAGAUUAUCACAAACAAACUGCAGUGGAAUGCCCGGUCCAAAAUUGGCUCAUUGGAGAAUACCAGCCACAAGCCGGGUGGAGGAGAUAAAAAAAUCGAAACGCUGAAGACAGAUUUCAAGGACCGCGCCAAGUCUAAGGUGGGCUCGAAGGACAAUAUGAGCUACCAACCCGGCGGGGGUGAUGUGAAGAUUGUCAACCAGAAGUUGGAUAUUAAGGCGGAAAGCAAAGUGGGCUCACUCGAAAACGUUAAACACAAACCAGGUGGUGGCGACAUAAAGAUUUUCGACGACAAAGAAUAUCUGAGGCAAAUCGAUCAUCCUAUUGCACCAACUCCACCGUCACAGAGUCCUACACCGGACAGCGCCAGCAAUAACGAUGCCAGCGAAGCAGCAGUUGCACCAUAUACAACUAACUAAAUUUCACGCAAACGCUUUUCUUACACAAAUAUAAAACUAACAGCAAGCAGUUCAACUUUUGGUUCCAAUCUUCUUUUUUUAACAUAGUAUAAUUGCAUUAGCUAGCAAUAGUCUAAAUUUAGUUGCCGAGUGAAGUUUUGAUAGGUAAUUCAAUUUUAUACUAACAUAUUAUACACAAGUAAAAUGCGUAGAUGUCACGCUCAAUACGUACCAAGUAUCAACAAAAUCAAAUCAAAUUCACCAAGCAAAGCUCUGUAUCAAGCAAAGAACAAGUUUACAAACAUUUACAAAAUGAAUGCACAGCCACAAAUUUAAGUUGCAACAUUUUCGAAGUCAGAUACAAGACUAAAAAUAUAGUUCACUGUUCAUAAAUUACGUAACGCAAAAUUUGCUCAAAAUUGACUCGCCCAUCCGUAAUGUUACAAAUCGUCACAAAUUUAUUUGUCCCCUUCCCAUGUGUCACAACAUGUCACAUUUUGUAAUACCCCCUUUGAUAGUGUUACGUAAUUUAUGAAUGGUAUCUAUUAUCAGAGACAUUUUCAUUCCUAGUAAUCCUGAUUCGUCAUGGAACGUGAUUCGAUCAUUUUAUUUCGAAAAAAUGAACUGACCAUCGAUAUACUGCCAUUUGAUUUUAUGACAAUGCGGCUAUAGUGAAAGUGUCUCUGGUUUAUUAUGUUUGCAUGAAAUUGCAUAAUGCCUAGAUUAUAAUCCUAGUUUUUGUAAACUUUAAUUAUAGGUUAAUUAUCAUAAUACAAGCACCUUACUAAUACUUUUCAUUGUUUUGCUUUAGGAAGGUAAAGCUACCGUCGAAGCAACAUGCAAUACCUAUAGUUACACAAUAAUGAGUUAAUUGUUAAAUGUCAUUAUUAUAGUUUUUUUCGGUUUAUUUCUUGUGAUUUGACUUUUCGUUCUAAGAGUUGUGAAUCAUUCUGUUCGUUGACUCAAUUUCUAUUGUUUUAAUUUUUAAUUAAUUUCUUUCAUUUAUUUUUAGUCGCCGAUUCCUGAGUUCUCCUAAAAACUCCUACUAUUAGUUGACAUUUUUUUCGAUAGAGAAAAACAAGUGAUGCCAACACUAAGAAAAGAAUAUAAAUUUAAUAUGUAUAUGCAGUGUAGUUUAAUUAUGGUCCUGUUGAUUAGUUCUAAGUUUUGUACUUUCUGGAAGCAUUGAUAAAUUAUACGCAGAUUAUUAUUGCACCGGUACUCUCUGCUACACUUUAUUGGGUGCAAAAGAAUAUUUUCACAUUUUAUAGAGUCGAUUAGUUACAACAAAGAGAGAUACACUUUCUGUUGUGAUUAUUUCUUUUGUUUUUACUCAUUGAAAAUUAGAAGCUGUGUUACUUUAAAUAUCAAAAAUGAACAUUAUUCUUUCGUUCAGAGUGUUUUCUAGUCGGUUGUUCAGUUUAGAUUGAAGGCAGCAGAAAUGUUGCAAGAAUGUUUGACAAUUUCCUUUCACGUUAAGAAUUGUAUUUCAUAAAUAUGAUCGCAUUGAAAGAACAUAAAUCAUAGUUACAAUAUAACUGCGGAAGGAAAUCGUUCUACAGGUGCAGUUUGUAAAAACAUCAUUGUAUUGUAAUUAUAUAUUAAAUAUAUUUAUCUAUUUCAAAACAAAACUCAUGUAACUGUCGCUGUUCAAUGGCGGUAUCAGAAUUAAAUGGACGCAAAAGCGAACCAUCAUUGAUAAACUAUGAACAAAACAGAACAAAAUUAUUUAGAUUGUACCAUUAUUGAUUACUUAGUUUGGUAGAAUGAAUGAGAAAUAAAAUACACACCAGGAUGACAAAUUCAUACUAUUUGUUUACAAAUA